AUGUCCGCCCAAGUCAACAAAGUUACAGUCAAACUGACACCUAGCCUCCCUCCUCUUGGCCUUCAUCAUACAGCUGAGCAGCAAUCCACCGCUCCCUCCACCACUACCACCAAACCAGACGACACGGGCUCCGCCUCGGCCUCCGCACCCGUCCCAAUGGCAGACGUAGCCGCCACCACCACCACCGAAAGUAAGCCCACUGGGGCGGCAACCGACAACCUCAAGCCCGCCACCGACGCUCAUCCCGACAACGACAAGAAGGAUGCCGCCGAGAAACCUAAAACCUUCCCCACCGAAGAACAAGUCGUCGCCGAGAAGAUGGCUCUAGAGCCCACCGCCGCGGGUUCUGAGUUCCACGGCUUCGAAACCGCCACUCCUUCUGCCCCUACUACCACCGCCAUCUUUGACGCCGCCGCCGCCCCGGCUCCCGAGAAAGUCCACGAGAAUCCUCGCUCGGAUGCUGUGCCGACCGGUGACGGCUUGGCGGGAUCUGCAGAAGAUGCAUCGGCCGGUGGCCCCGCGGGCGCAGGGAUGGUCAUGCCUAACGGGGAGGCGGCUCCAGACUUGGAAAAGGCUGCCAAGGAGGAGUCUACUGAAGGCAAGAUCGAGAAGAAGGUCAACGAAGCAAAGGAGGCUGCCGCAACCAGCCCGGAUCAAGCGCUGGCCGCUGCACCACUGGGAGAGAAUGGCACGAACGGAGUGGCUGGUGCCGCGAAGAAGGAUGAGGAGGGUGAUACGGAGAUGAAGACCGCCCCCUCGGAAACCGUCGCCAAGGCUUCGGACCCGACACAAGCCCAGGCAGGAGUCAAGGCUGCACCUGCUCCUGCUCCGGCUUCUUUGGCUAGUAAGAAGAGGAAGGCGGAAGAAUACGAUGAGGACAAUGAUGACGACGAGGAGGAGGUCAACGGCGAUGCGAAGAGAGCCAAGACUGGGGAGGGAGAGACGAAUGGUGAUGGUGCAUCAUCCCCUGUGAAGAGGGCGCCGGGAAGACCCAAGAAGACGGCGGCGGAGAAGGUUGAGAAGGCGGCGAGGAAGAUUCUGAAGCCGGUGGGUUUGACGCAGAGGAAGACGAGGAGUCAGGGACCUGCCUAA